AUGCCCAGGGAUGUCAAUCAACUACGCUCCCUUGUCGGUGGUCUCAGCUCCUACCGUAAGUUCCUCCCCAACAUGGCUAAACGGAUUCGACCUCUGACUACUUUACUUACGAAGCAGGAGAAGUUUAUCUUCACCCCUUCCAUGGAGCAAGCCGUUCGCGUUUUAUUAGCUGAGUUGGCCAAUCCCCCUGUUUUGGUUUAUCCAGAUUGGGAUGUUGUUUCAGACGGCUCGCGACCUUUUCAUCUUUACUGUGAUGCUAGUCGCGAUGGGUUUGGUGGGACUCUCGAACAAGAACAGCCAGAUGGUUCCAUUCGCCCAUGUGUCUUCAUCAGUCGGGCUACUUUGAACUCAGAAUGCCACUGGACUCCCCUCGAUCUUGAGGCGGGUAGCAUCGUGUGGUGUAUCAAGCGCCUUCGCGGUUACUUGUGGGGUACGAAAUUUCGCAUUUGUACCGACCACAAAUCUCUCAAGCAUUUUGCUAAGGUGGGGGAGAACAAUGCCCGCGUUCAGCGCUGGCUGGAAUUUCUUACCGCCUACAAUUAUACUCUCGAGUAUCGCAAGGGUUCCGCAAAUGGCAACGCUGAUUUCCUCGCACGCCUCCCAGUCGCUGCGGCUGAAUGCAACCGUUCGGGUCGCAGCCGUCUGACCCCGGCUGAGGAUGAAGAGGCUGUGUUUUUCAUCCGUUCGUGUGGCCGUACCCCUUCCGGUGAUCGAGCCGCGGCGACCCCGUCGUCCAUGACCACGCGUCCUGGCGGACGCGCUGCUCGCCUUCUUAACGAUGAACCCAUUCGGAUUUAUGUUCCCAUUCUCAUGCGUCCGUGGAUGAUGCAAGUCUGCCACGCUGAUGCGUCCUGUCACCUCGGUGCGGCUCGCACACUUAGCAUGCUGGAACGUUUCUAUUGGUGGAUUGGCAUGAGCGUUUGUACGAAAUGGUGGGUGCGGCAUUGUUUGCGAUGCCAAGCCCGUAAAUCGUCUCGUCAGACUCCUCGGUGGCCUACCAUGUCCCUUCCUUUGCCUUCGGGCCCUGGUGUGUCGGUGAGUGUUGACCAUUUUGGUCCACUUCCGUUGACACCGCGUGGCAACACAUACAUUCUGCUCUUUACAGACCGAUUCAGCCGCCACGCUGAUAUGUACGCGGUUACGGCUGAAGAAUUCAUCGCCGAAGGCACAGCUGAGAUCCUUGUCAACAGGUAUAUCCCUUUGUAG